UCUCUCUUUCCUUAGAGAGAAAAUAAAGAGAGAAAAAAAUAAAAAAAAAUUUAAAAUCAAAAAAAAAAAUCUUAAUUUUCUAUUUUUAGUGUGUUUUUAGCAUGGGAAGAGGAAAGAUCGAAAUCAAGAAAAUAGAGAAUGUAAAUAGUCGUCAAGUUACAUUCUCAAAACGAAGAGGAGGGUUGAUGAAAAAGGCUAAAGAACUUUCUGUAUUAUGUGCUUGUGACAUUGGUGUAAUUAUAUAUUCUAAUACAGGGAAAAAGUAUGAAUACACAAAUUUAAAUAGCAUGGAUAAAAUCCUUGAUAGAUAUAAUAAGGACAUAGCGGCAGCACCAGCAAGUUCUUCUAAUGCAAUUGUUGAAUUGCAACAGAAUCCACAAUCUGAGGCAGCUGUUAUUAGAGAAGAACUUGCCAAACUACGAUCUAAAUACCAGCAAAUGCAUGGGAAAGGAUUGGAGGGCUUGGAUUGUAGAGACCUUCAACAAUUGGAGCAACAGCUUUACGAAGGUUUAAGUUCAGUCAGAGAUAAGAAGGAACGCUUAUUAAUAGAGCAAUAUGAGAAAUCAAAAUUCCAGAUGGAGGAACUUAAGCAAAGCUUGAAGUCGUCUUGCAGUGCUGACUCUAACUCUUGGAAAAGAAAGCGCAUUCUAUUGCCUGAUGAAGGUUGUCUCAUAGACAAAGAGGCUGAGUCUGAAAAUUUUCUGCGUUUAGGAUUGUUCACAACUGGUUGCUGUGUGGAUCUAAUUCCAAAGACAGAAAGCAACUCAAAUGAAUCAACAGCACAAAUUGAAAUGGCAAUGGAUGCUCCAUUAAGUAGUCAUUAA